CUAUGCACAGAUCUGAGAUCUCAGUGGAUGAAGUCUUUGUUUAUACAUAGAGAGAUACAAUAUAAGAAACAGAGAGAGGCCUAUGCACAGUCACAGAUCUCUCAAUUAAAUUCGCAAUGGAGUUAGAAAAAGUUCACGUGGUUUUGUUCCCAUACUUGUCCAAAGGGCACAUGAUUCCUAUGCUCCAAUUAGCUCGUCUCCUCUUAUCCCACUCCUUCGCCGGAGACAUCUCCGUCACCGUCUUCACCACUCCUUUGAACCGUCCUUUCAUCGUUGACUCACUCUCCGGCACCAAAGCGACCAUCGUCGACGUACCUUUCCCUGAUAACGUCCCGGAGAUCCCACCCGGCGUCGAGUGCACUGACAAACUCCCUGCUUUGUCGUCCUCCCUCUUCGUUCCUUUCACAAGAGCCACCAAGUCAAUGCAGGCAGACUUUGAGCGAGAGCUCAUGUCACUGCCACGUGUCAGUUUCAUGGUCUCAGACGGUUUCUUGUGGUGGACGCAAGAGUCAGCUCGAAAGCUAGGGUUUCCUCGGCUUGUUUUCUUUGGUAUGAAUUGCGCUUCCACCGUUAUAUGUGACAGUGUUUUUCAAAACCAGCUUCUAUCUAAUGUUAAGUCCGAGACGGAGCCAGUUUCUGUACCGGAGUUUCCGUGGAUUAAGGUUAGGAAAUGUGAUUUCGUUAAAGAUAUGUUUGAUCCAAAAACCACCACAGAUCCUGGAUUCAAGCUUAUCCUAGAUCAAGUCACGUCUAUGAAUCAAAGCCAAGGUAUCAUAUUCAAUACAUUUGACGACCUUGAACCCGUGUUUAUUGAUUUCUACAAGCGUAAACGCAAACUCAAGCUUUGGGCAGUUGGACCGCUUUGUUACGUAAAUAACUUCUUGGAUGAUGAAGUAGAAGAGAAGGUCAAACCUAGUUGGAUGAAAUGGCUAGAUGAAAAGCGAGACAAGGGAUGCAAUGUUCUGUAUGUGGCUUUCGGGUCACAAGCCGAGAUCUCGAGAGAACAACUAGAGGAGAUUGCGUUAGGGUUGGAAGAAUCGAAGGUGAACUUCUUGUGGGUGGUCAAAGGAAAUGAAAUAGGAAAAGGGUUUGAAGAGAGAGUGGGAGAAAGAGGAAUGAUGGUGAGAGAUGAAUGGGUUGAUCAGAGGAAGAUAUUAGAGCACGAGAGUGUUAGAGGGUUCUUGAGCCAUUGUGGGUGGAAUUCUCUGACGGAGAGCAUUUGCUCGGAGGUUCCAAUCUUGGCGUUUCCUUUAGCAGCGGAGCAACCUCUGAAUGCGAUUUUGGUGGUGGAAGAGCUGAGAGUGGCGGAGAGAGUGGUGGCGGCGAGUGAAGGGGUUGUGAGAAGAGAAGAGAUUGCAGAGAAAGUGAAGGAGUUGAUGGAGGGAGAGAAAGGGAAAGAGCUGAGGAGGAAUGUCGAGGCAUAUGGUAAGAUGGCGAAGAAGGCUUUGGAGGAAGGUAUUGGUUCGUCUAGGAAGAAUUUAGACAACCUUAUCAACGAGUUUUGUAACAAUGGAACAUGAUGAUGUAUGUUAACACCUAUAUAUUAAUACUAGAUUUUAACCCGCG